GUGGGUGUGUGAGAGUGUGUGAGUUUGUGUGUGCGUGUGUGUGUGUCACCCCUCCAGCAGGUGCUGCUGGCGGCUUAACUUGAAGUCAGCCCUCAAGGGGUCUCAAUCUGCUGCCACCAUCACCCCUUUUUCUGCCUGUCCCAGAGCAGCAGUCAGGCACCCCCGAGAAGCUGCAUCUUCUUUAUGUUCUGGAUCUUCUGGUCCUUCUGCAUCUUCUGGACCUGCAUCUUUAGGUCCUUCUGCAUCUUCUGGUCCCUCUGCAUCUUCUGGUCCCUCUGCAUCUUCUGGUCCUUCUGCAUCUUCUGGACCUUCUGCUGCCACAGCGUGGUCUCCAGUCGCACCAGGUGUCGGCCAUGUCGAAUCCCAUCGAAGGUUUGGUGGACGUCAGCGUUUACGGAUCCCGGAUGGGGAUCCCCGAGGACUCCCUGACCGUCCUGGAUGGCAGCAGAGACUCCCUGACCGUCCUGGAUGGCAGCAGAGACUCGGCCGAGCCCUGGGAACUGGCGGAGGCCAAGCCGGGCGCGAUGGCGGCCCUCUACAUGCCCUGCUUCGACAUGCUGGCCACGGAGGACGCCGCCUGGCUGGCCAAGGUGUCCGAGGGCCCCCAGCCGGAGCAGUGCCCGGUCAUCGACAGCCAGGAGCAGGGACUGUCCCCGCCGGGCCCCGAGGAGGAGCGCUCCCUGGAGCAGGUGCAGAGCAUGGUGGUGGGCGAGGUGCUGAAGGACAUCGAGACGGCCUGUAAGCUGCUCAACAUCACGCCAGACCCCAUGGAGUGGACCACGGCCAACGUGCAGAAGUGGCUGCUGUGGACCGAGCACCUGUACCACCUGCCCCACGCAGGCAAGACCUUCCAGGACCUGGUGGGCAGGGACCUGUGCGCCAUGAGUGAGGAGGACUUCCGCCAGCGCUCGCCGCAGUGCGGGGACACGCUGCACGCUCACCUGGACAUCUGGAAGUCAGCUGCCUGGAUGAAGGAGAGAUGCUCCGUAGGAGACGCCAAAAGUCCUGGCGGCGAUGAUCUUUGGUCCGAGGCCGACUCCUCCUGCUCGGGUCAGCCCAUCCACCUGUGGCAGUUCCUCAGGGAGCUUCUGCUCAAGCCUCACAACUACGGACGCUGCAUCCGCUGGCUCAACAAGGACAAAGGUAUUUUCAAGAUCGAGGACUCUGCGCACGUGGCGAGGCUGUGGGGUCUGAGGAAGAACCGGCCCGCUAUGAACUAUGACAAGCUGAGCCGCUCCAUACGGCAGUACUACAAGAAGGGCAUCAUCCGCAAGCCCGACGUCUCCCAGAGGCUGGUCUACCAGUUUGUGCACCCUGUAUGAGGGGCAAGACCCGCCAAAAGUCACUCGCGUGAAGCCAAAACUAAAGACUCGUGGAGGUACCCUCCGGCCAAAAAUGUACGCCAAUCACCGCCAACACAAUGUGCUUCAAGCCACAACCACUAGAAUAUAAAUAGACUUUAUUGUUGUGUAGCACAAUCUGCCUCUUUUUGUUUGAUGAAAGGAUUUUUACACUUUUGAUAAGGAAACAGGCCUCAUUAGUUACAACAGGAAGUGACCGUAUAAGGAAACAGUCCUCGUAGAUAGAACAGGAAGUGAUCAUAUAAGGAAACGGGCCUCAUAGAUACAACAGGAAGUGACCGUCGAAGGAAUGGGCCUCAUUGCUACAACGGGAAGUAAUCAUAUAAGGAAACAGGCCUCGUAGAUACAGCAAGAACUGAUCAUAUAAGGAAACAGGCCUCGUAGAUACAACAGGAAGUGAUCAUAUAAGGAAACGGGCCUCGUAGAUACAACAGGAAGUGACCGUAUAAGGAAACGGGCCUCAUAGAUACAACAGGAAGUGACCAUUUAAGGAAACAGGCCUCAUAUAUACAACAGGAAGUGACCAUAUAAGGAAACGGGCCUCACAGAUACAACAGGAAGUGACCAUUUAAGGAAACAGGCCUCAUAUAUACAACAGGAAGUGACCAUAUAAGGAAACAGGCUUCAUAGCUACAACCGAAAGUGACCAUAUAAGGAAACAGGCCUCAUAGCUACAACCGAAAGUGACCAUUUAAGGAAACAAGCCUCAUAUAUACAACAGGAAGUGACCAUUUAAGGAAACAAGCCUUGUAUAUACACAACGGGAAGUGACCAUAUAACGAAACGGGCUUCAUAGAUACAACCGGAAGUGACCAUAUAAGAAAACAGGCCUUGUAUAUACAACAGGAAGUGACCAUUUAAGGAAACAGACCUCGUAUAUACAACAGGAAGUGACCAUAUAAGGAAACGGGCUUUGUAGAUACAAUAGGAAGUGACCGUAUUGGGAAACGGGGCUCAAAGCUACAACAAGAAGUGACCAUAUAAGGAAACAGGCCCCGUAGAUGCAACCGGAAGUGAUCAUAUAAGGAAACAGGCCCCGUAGAUACAACAGGAAGUGACCAUAUAAGGAAACAGGCCUCAUGAUACAACAGGAAGUGACCAUAUAAGUGAACAGGCCUCAUACAUACAACAGGAAGUGACCGUAUAAGGAAACAGGCCUCAUAGAUAUAACAGGAAGUGACCAUAUAAGGAAACAGGCCUCAUUGAUACAACAGGAAGUGACCAUAUAAGGAAACAGCCCCCGUAGAUGCAACAGGAAAUGACCAUAUAAAGAAACGGUCCUCAUACAUACAACAGGAAGUGACCAUAUAAGAGUACAGGCCUCAUAACUACAACAGGAAGUGACCGUAUAAGAAAACGGGCCUCAUAGAUACAACGGGAAGUGUACAUAUAAGGAAUUGGGCCUCAUAGAUACAACAGGAAGUGACCGUAUAAGGAAACGGGCCUUUUAGAUACAACAGGAAGUGACCAUAUGAGGAAAUGGGCCUCAUGGAUACAACAGGAAGUGACCGUAUAAGGAAACGUGCCUCAUAGAUACAACAGGAAGUGACCGUAUAAGGAAACGUGCCUCAUAGAUACAACAGGAAGUGACCAUAUAAGGAAACAGGUCUCAGAUACAACAGGAAGCGACCGUAUAAAGAAACGGGCCUCAUAGCUACAACAGGAAGUGACCAUAUAAGGAAACAGGUCUCAGAUACAACAGGAAGUGACCAUAUAAGAAAACGGGCCUCAUAGAUACAACAGGAAGUGACCGUAUAAGGAAAGGGCCUCAUAGAUGCAACAAGAAGUGACCAUAUAAGGAAACGGGCCUCAUAGAUACAACAGGAAGUGACCAUAUAAGGAAACAGGCCUGUCUAUACAACAGGAAGUGACCAUUUAAGGAAACAGGCCUCAUAGGUACAGCAGGAAGUGAUAAUGAUAAAUGGCUUAUACUUGUAUAGCGCUUUUCUACCUUGAAGGUACUCAAAGCGCUUUGACACUAUUUCCACAUUCACCCAUUCACACACACUUGCACACACUGAUGGCGGGAGCUGCCAUGCAAGGCACUAACCACCACCCAUCAGGAGCAAGGGUGAAGUGUCUUGCUCAAGGACGCAACGGACGUGACGAGGUUGGUAGAAGGUGGGGAUCGAACCAGGAACUCUCAGGUUGCUGGCACGGCCACUCUCCCAACCGCACCACACCGUCCCCAUAAUCAUAGAAAUAUGUUCCAUCAAACUAAAACAUGAAUACUGUCAUGUGGGGAUGGGAAUUGAUGAGAUGUUUAUGGUUCCAAUUCCACUUUCAAUUCCGCUUCACGAUUCGGUUCUCAUAUCCAUUCUUAUUUGGGAAAAAAGAGGACAAAAAGGUGGAUUAGCAUCAAUAUAGUUUAGUGUAAAGUAAGAUGACCUUACAAAGACAUCAGAGGCUCGUACUUAGCAUGGAACAAAACAUUACUUUUGAAAAUAAAUAUUCUUCUGUAGAAUUUAACAAAACAUGAGGAAAUGACACAAGAAUGUAACAUUUACUAACUUUUAGGAAUCUUUGUAUUUUCCCUGAAGUCAAAAAAUGAGAAUAUGCUGCAAAAGUUAAUUUUGAUUUAUAAGGUGAAACUAAAAUAUAUCAUAACAUGCAACUCACCAUAUUUCUAGUCUUAUUUUGAUAUCAUUUGAUGAUUAUGGCUUAGAGUUUAUGAAAACUUUGAUUUUAAAAUCUCAGAAAAUGUGUGGUUUGCAAAAACUUGAAACCAUGGUGGUCAAAAAGACAAUAACAUAUUUCUCUUUGCAUGUAAUAAGUCACAUAUUAGUUUCACUUUUCUGACCUGAAUGAACUUUUACAUGAUAUUCUAAUUGCACGAGUUCUACCUGUGUAAUGGAAAUAACUGAGUGAGUGAAAAUGUGGUUGAAACUCGCAACUUUUCUCUGACUACAAUUGUACAUUCGCCUACCGAAAAUCAGGAGCACUGUGGCAAAUUGAUGUAAGCUUUUGACUACAAACUCAGUCAGUCUGUCAUGCUCAUCUCUAAAUGUGAAGGCAUUCAUUUAAAUGUGACAAAUAAUGUUGCUAACAUGCUAGGUGGUGUUAGUUAGUACCUGUUGUAUUCACACCAGAUGAUGGGACUUGGGAGUGCUUCAAAGACGUUCAUGUAUAAUUAUUGUGUGUUGAAAUAGCAACCUUGCACUUAUUACAAGUGGACAUCUUUUCUUGUCGAAUGAAUCGUUUGGAAAAAAUUACAAGCAAUUCUUAGGAAUUCAUAGACUGGGAACCGGUUCUGAACAAGAACUGGGUCUCGAUUCCCAUCCCUACGACCACACAAGUGUAAAAAGAAGUUAACCAAAGCAAAAAAAAACAAAAAAACAAUGCGUCUGCCUUAUAUUUCAUAAUAUAACACAAGACAAAAGUAUUUGGACACUCUGGAGUCUUGCUGUUUUUAUUUCAAACAGAACAAUAAAAUGUGUACGGAUUAAAAACAUGAACACAAACCACAUUCUAUUGAGAAGAAUUGCAGUUCUGCCUGCAGAAAACAAGAUGAAAUACACAUAAAUGAUGAAAACUUGAUCAAUGAAGGUUUAGUAUCAGUUUGGAUACUAUAGUGUGUCUCACUUAUUUUUGUCAAAAUGCUAGCACUCCCAACUUUCUUUGGCCCCAUGCCGUGGAAACGUACUCAACAAAUAACACACACACUGAGUCACUAACACCUGGAAUUGUUUGUUGGGCACUUGGUCUUAAAAUAAGUGAGAUGGUAAAAUGACCUAUUGUUGUUUUUUUGUCCAAACUGAAUCCUUUUAGAAGAAGUGUCCAAGUUCGUUUUGUAAGUUUUGUAAAGAUGUAUUUUUACCCUGAGGACCUUUUGAAGUGGGACUCUCAUGCACGCUUUAAUAGACCCAGCAUAAGUUAGUUAGUUAGUUGGCUAACCUGGCGUUGAUUGAUUGAAGGACAGUUUGAAUGAUGUCAUGUUGUUAGAAUAAUAGACUUUCAUUGAUUGAUUGAUUGAUUGAUUGAUUGAUAAAAGCCUCCAGAUCUACCAUACUUUGCCUUUUCCCUGCCAGAGCAGAAGAUCACAUUUAUGAGCUCCGACGCAUUUUCCUGCUGAAUAAUUAUUUACGAUUGCUAAACAUGUGCCUUCAGAAAGUGUCUGUACAAAAUGUCAUUUCCCAGAUGUUCUUAACAAAUAAAAAAGGUUUAUUGAAAGUAUAUA